GAUGGUGUGAGUUUCUUGCCUUUAUAGACUCCUCUGCUUGAAUUACCCUUACAUGUGUGCAUCGAUCAAAUUCUCCACCACACUCAAAUCCAGACACAUCUUAUUUUGUUCGGCAGGAAUAUUUUAUGACGUUGACACCCAAGUGUCUUCUAGAUGCUGGACGAGAUGGAAAGAUAAGUAGAAUUUGCAAGACCCACACACACCAGUAAUCAGUCAGGGAUCGAGCUCUCUGAUAGGCAGCAGCACUGGGAGUCUCCGAGCUUCUCCCGUAUGACAUUUUGGAUCUGUAGACUGGAUUAACUCCACAGACACCAUGAGACUGGUUCUUCCAAACCCUGGGCUGGAAGAGAGGAUCCCCUCUCACGAGGACCUGGAGAGGAUGGAGCAGGUUGAGGCAGGGGACAGGCCCAAAUGGGACAACAAAGCCCAGUACCUACUCACCUGUGUGGGCUUCUGUGUGGGACUUGGCAACGUCUGGAGGUUCCCUUACCUUUGUCAAAGCCACGGAGGAGGUGCUUUUAUGAUCCCUUUUCUUAUCCUGCUCGUCCUCGAGGGGAUCCCACUGCUGUACCUGGAGUUUGCCAUCGGCCAACGGCUCAGAAAGGGCAGCCUAGGGGUUUGGGCUUCAAUUCACCCCUACUUGGCUGGAGUUGGUAUUGCGUCCAUGAUAGUCUCGUUCUUAGUGGGCAUGUACUACAACACCAUCAUCGCCUGGGUGAUGUGGUACUUCUUCAACUCUUUCCAGAGCCCACUGCCAUGGAGCCAGUGUCCUCUCAAUGAUAAUCUCACAGAUCUAGUGUCAGAAUGCAAACGCAGCUCUCCAGUGGACUACUUCUGGUACAGAGAGACAUUAAACACCUCAGAGGCUAUAGAGGAUGCUGGAGGUCUGCAGUGGUGGAUGGUGCUGUGUUUGGCUGCUGCUUGGAGUGUGCUCUAUUUUUGUUGCAUUAGAGGAAUUGAGACCACAGGCAAGGCUGUGUACGUCACCUCCACUUUGCCUUACCUGGUCCUCACCAUCUUCCUCAUCAGAGGACUGACUCUGAAAGGAUCUGUAGACGGAAUCAAGUUCCUUUUCACACCAGAUCUAGAUGAGUUGAUGAACCCAUCAACGUGGUUGGAUGCAGGAGCCCAGGUGUUCUACUCCUUCUCCCUGGCCUUUGGAGGUCUCAUCUCAUUUUCCAGCUACAACCCUAUUCACAACAAUUGUGAGCAAGAUGCUAUUAUCAUCUCCAUUAUUAAUGGCUGUACUUCUAUCUAUGCUGCCACGGUCAUCUACUCGAUCAUUGGCUUCCGGGCAACAGAGCAGUUUGAUGCCUGCCUUAACGACAACAUCUUGAUGCUGCUGAAUGCAUUUGAUCUGGCUGAGGGAGCCGUCACAGAGAGCAACUAUGCUGAAAUGCUGCAAACGCUCAACAGCACAAUCUCAGGGUCAGAGGUCAUUCAGGGGCUGGACCUUAGCACCUGCAACCUCAGGACUUUUCUCAGUGAAGGAGUGGAGGGAACAGGUCUGGCCUUUAUUGUGUUCACGGAGGCCAUCACAAAGAUGCCUUUUUCUCCUCUCUGGUCCGUCCUCUUUUUUAUCAUGCUCUUCUGUCUCGGGCUUUCCACCAUGUUUGGAAGUAUAGAGGGAGUUGUUGUUCCCCUGCAGGACCUUAAUAUCUUUCCUAAGAAGUGUCCUAAAGAGGUGCUCACAGGGAUUGUGUGCCUCACAUCCUUCUUGAUCGCGCUCAUCUUUUCUCUGCGGUCUGGUAAUUACUGGUUGGCACUAUUUGACAGCUAUGCAGGCUCCAUCCCUCUGCUCAUUAUCGCCUUCUGUGAGAUGGUUGGUAUAGCCUACCUGUAUGGAAUAGAUAGGUUUAACGACGAUAUUGAGUUCAUGAUUGGACACAAACCGAACAUCUUCUGGCAGGCCGCAUGGAGAGUGGUCAGCCCUUUGAUUGUGUUUGUCAUCUUCGUGUUUUACUUUGUCACCAAAGUCAGUGCCACACUGACAUACAUUACCUGGAAUCCAAGCUCGGAAAACUUUCCGGUUUUGGAGACAUUGCCCUAUCCAAGCUGGGUCUACGUUAUCAUCUUCCUUCUGGCUGGACUUCCAAGUCUUAUGAUCCCAGGAUUUGCUUUGUACAAAUUAUUCCAGAGAUACUGCUGCAAGAAAACAAUCAGUAAACAUGAGCUCAAAACUGUAUCUGCCAAUGUCAACAUGUAUGACACUCACUAGAUUGACAAGAACAUUAAACUUUUGCUUGACAGGUGGGAAUUGUUUAGAAUUUGGUGUGUAAUACAUUUUGUUUAAACAAGAGGCCAGUGCAAUAAAGAUUAUUUAUUUCAUGGUGGGG